AUGAAAUCAAAUGGUUUUGAUGGAUAUUUAUUUUUAUUUAAUCCAUAUUAUAAACAAGUUCAUAGAAAAAUUUUAUUUGAUGGAAAAUUAAAUCUUAAAAAUCCCCAAAAACAAGGUUAUUGGUUAUUAAAAGAAAUUUAUCCACAAGAAAGAUUUAUAUUAUUUAUAGAAUAUAAUCAAACCAAUGAAUUUUUAUUAGAUGGUCAAUCUGUUUCAAUUUAUCAAUUAAUAUUUAUUUCAAUAAUUGAUCAACCAAUUCUUGUUGGCAUUAGUGGACAAGCUUUUUUAACAAAUAAAAAUAUAUUAAUUAUUGAUGGAGUUUAUGGUAAAGCUGGUACACAAACAAAUAAUCCUAUAUCUAUUAUUUUACCAAAUCAAGAUCUGAUAUUUAAUGUAUUAUUAAAUGGAAUAGAAAAACGAUUUAAACAAAAUAAUCAUAUUAUUAUUUUAACUGAUCCUUUAUCAUUUUCUGGUUUAUAUUUACCACGUUCAGCAGAAAUUCUUAAUAAUACAAUAAUGAUUAGUGAUUUAUUAUUGAAACAAUUAGUGACACGUCAAUUAGAAUAUUCUAUUCAAUGGACUGAAAAAGAAUUAAAUGAUGCAUCAUGGUUAGGACCACAUCGUCUUUUGUUAUUUAUAUAUAUUUUAAAUCCAAAUGAUCAAUGGAAUAUAACUGCUCAAAUCAAUAAUAAUUCAAUUAUUGUACAUAAAAGUUAUAAUACACAUGAUCAUUAUUAUCAACAACGAUUUAUCGGAUUCUACUUAGAUUUAACAAAUAUUGUUAUACAACCCAAUGUUCAAUAUUAUUUAUCAUUAAAUAUGCCACACAUGCAACCAGGACAAUUUCAAGGAUUAUUUUUAGAAAAUAUUGAAAGAAUUCUUAUUGAAGUAUAA